CUAAUGAGUAUAAAAAUAAACUUAUUUUUCGUUUCCCGCAUAAAAGGUCGGCGGUGACUGUUCCCGACGAUCGGAGUGGGUAUAUAGACGGCGUGAUUCGGCAGCUUAAAGUUAGUCCGGCUCCAACAUGAGAGCAGUUGUUACGUUCUUGGCCAUCGUUGGCUGCGUGAAGGCCUCAUUUAAUGCAGAUGUUUUCGAUGUGGAGUGGAAUAACUUUAAAGUCGAUUACGAAAAAACCUAUCAGGAUAUCAGCGAGCAUUUGCACCGCAAGCAGAUCUUUAAGCACAACAAGGAGAUCAUUGACAGGCACAAUAAACGAUAUGCGGCAGGCGAGGAGACGUUUGAGAUGGGCAUCAAUCAAUUCACCGAUCUUCUGUCCCAUGAAUUCGAAGCAUUCAUCCUAGGCGGACUCAACGCAACUGUCGAUGAAACCGAGAUAGAUCUUAUAUACUCACCAACCGGCAAUAUCGAAAUUCCGUCUUCGGUUGAUUGGCGUCAGGAAGGCGCUGUUACCCGAGUAAAGGACCAGGGACGUUGUGGUUCCUGCUGGGCCUUUGCCGCAGUUGGCACUCUGGAGGGUCAGCACUACCUCAAAACUGGAGAGUUAGUUGAGCUUUCCGAAAAGAAUCUGCUGGAUUGUACGAGUGGCAAACCCUAUUAUAAUCACGGCUGCAAUGGUGGACGGGCCACAAGCGCGCUGCUUUAUGUCAAAAGGAAUCAUGGCAUAGAUACGGCUAGCUGGUAUCCCUAUAAGGCUAAACAGGGCCAUUGUCGAUUUGAUGGGAGUCAUAUAGGCGCAACAGUCAGCAGGAUUGUACGAAUAAAACGGAAUAGUGAAAGUGCUCUGGCGGCAGCCGUUGCCAAAAAGGGACCCAUUGCGGUGUCCAUCGAGGCAACACAUCUACAUCAUUACAGAGGAGGAGUAUUACGCAAAUCCUGCCACAAAAGAUCCAAUCAUGCAGUCGUUGUUGUGGGCUACGGCCACGACACUAACGGCGGGGAUUACUGGUUGGUCAAGAACUCCUGGGGUAGUCUUUAUGGUGAAAAUGGAUAUGUUCGCAUGGCGCGUAAUGAGAACAACAUGUGCUUCAUUGCCAGCAAUGCCGUAUAUCCAUUGGUUUGACCUGUAAAAAGGGGGUUAGUUAGAAGAAUUAAAAAAAUUACAAUUCUUCAACAAUUCUUCUACAAUUCUUAAUAUAUUCAGACUGUGUAACAAGAAAAAAAGUAUUUAUUACUCAAUGGAGUGAGUUUACGGCUGCCGAGAUUUC